UGUAUGCUUGAUCUCUGACUACUGAGCACACAUACUUGGAACAUGGCUGUGCCUGGAAGGUGCGAGGCUGAGCUCCUUUCCUUCUGGAUAAUUGUGCUGUCCUUGGGAAGAACAUUCUCUGUGGAUUUCCCUUACCUGGGAUCCUCUUUCAGCCUGGAGUCCUCCUUCCAGGAGAACUGCACCCAGGUGCUUUUAUAUUACCGAAGGAUUGCUUCUCCUUGUUCCAGUACUGAAGAUGUGAUUUGCAAGGCUAUCAACUGUACAUCCAGGGUCCCAGCAGCAGGUCUGGAGAACAACUCCACAGCCCCAUGCCAGCUGGAAGGAGAAGCUGCUCUCUUUCCUGCUUCCCCUGUAUCCUUUUCCCUGAGGCUGUCCCACUGCUGCUGGUCCCAAACCAGGCUUCUUUCUGAGGAGAAGAACUGCAGUGUCCAGUUUAAAGUGGCAAUGGUGUAUACCCUGGGCACUCGCUCAGAUACAGCACUGGGAAACUCCUCCCCGCAGACUCCACUUCUUCCUGUACUCAGAGUUCCCCAGAACUGUGCAACAUUGUACAAUUUAAGCAUCUGGGAUCAAGAUGGGGAUGUGGUGAGAUGCCGCUACGGGCUCAGAGAGGAGCUUGGCUGUGCUUUCUGCAAGAAGUCUCCUUUCCUCCAUUUGGAUGAGGAGGGAUGCACUCUUAUGUAUGAUGGAACAGGCUCUGAAGACAUGUACCCUGUGGAGCUAAUGGCUGAGGAUUUCCCAAGGAAAAUGGUGGUUCUGAAAUCCAGGGCCAGGAUGCAAGAGAUUCACCCAUACAAUGCUUCAGGAGGGGAAUGGAUUGAAGCCCUGAGCUCUGUCCCUCUGCAGUUCACCUUAAUAGUGGAUAAACCAGUAGAGGAUUGUCCCUUUGGGAUCAGAAGGCCAAUGUUUAUCAGCCCAACCCCAGACAAUGGGGACAGGAUCAACGUGCUGCCAUAUGAGGAUGUUUCCUUUACAGUGACAAGUGUCAGCGCAGGAGAAAGGAUGGCUGACUUGCAGGUUCUGGGUCCCCAUGGACUGCACAUGUCAGGCCUCUGGAUGGCAGAUGACCUUCACACUGUGUCUGCAAAUGUCACCUGGGAAAGCAGAAGACCACUCCGGAUUUCUGUAUGCUUCGUGGCCACUACAUUGUCAGGGUUACAGUCUGAGCUCAGAUGCAUUUGGAUUGUGCACAAAUCUGCUGAUUCUCCACUGGGUACAGUUCUGCUGUGUCUCGAGGAUCGAAUGCAGCUCUCUGUUCCCCGAUCUAGUUUAGGAGAUGUGCAAGAAAGCGAUCUGCAGAGGGGUAACCCCGAGUGCCUGGUCAGCAGCAACAGCACGCACCUUCUGGUAGAGAUCCCACUCAUUGGGGGUGGAGCCAGGGAACAGGGAAACCCAUCUUUCUUCACCUUCACCAACAGAAUAGUUAGUCAGCACAGAGUGUCAGCACCUGCAUUUAAGAAAACCCUUGCCAUCCCAGUGAGCUGCAAAUACCAACAAGAGGAGACUGGCAGCACCUACUGCCCCUUUGCAAGCCCGGCAGAUCAAGGAUUUGGCAAUGUCAGCUUUGACAUUAGGUUCAGCAGAAAGACCUCAGAUGGGAUGAGACUGCUGGAGCGGGGGGCUUCUAUUAAUGCCAGUGUCAAUGACCAGCUAUUUAUCAGCGUGUCAGCUAAGAGUGACCUGGCUGAUGCCCACUUGAUUGUGCAGUCCUGUCAGGUUCUGGGCAACCAGGACUCUUCCAGUGGCUUCUUCAUCAUACAACAAGGUUGCUUGAAUUACAAGGCAGCCAAAGAAGUGAGUUUGGAAGACUCCAAGGACAAGGUUUACAGCCUCAGGCUCACCUCCAUAGCAGACGUGGUUUCUGAGGUGUUUGUAACUUGUGAUGUGAAGCUAUGCUGCAGCCCAAGCAAAUUCAGGCUAUGUUCUUCAGGGUGCAAGUCCUUUAAAAGCCACAAUGCCCUGAGGAAGAUGCUGGAGACAAAGAUCUAUCAGAUCAGUGCUGGGCCCAUCCGGAUCAGCAAGAGCCCCUCCAGUGGUACCAACCACACUGCCUUGGUGGUGGGUGUUGUGCUGGGAUGCACAGUGAUGUGUGUUGUCUUCCUGCUGGUGAAGAAGUCCUUUGUGGGAGUGCCACACAGGAAUGUGUCCUUAAGAACAUAGGACCAUUGCCGCAAGGGGCCUCAAAGGAAUUAGGAAAUUUGAGAAGACACCUUUGCCCUUUCCUCAUUCAGAUUCACCACUGUAAACAUCUCAGCUACAAGUAAAUUGUGAAAGGCUUCAUGAUUCCUGAUAGAGAACAGAGAACAAAAUAUUGGAUAAAAACCCUCUUUUGUAGAAGCCAUCCAGCAUACAGAGCUGGAAGCACAGCCCAUGCUCUUGGUAACUAGCACUGGUAGGUUAGUGGGUAGUAAGGGUUUGCCCACUUUGUGGUUUUUAGUAGGCUAAAUUCAUUGCCAGCAUGCACCAGGGACUCCACCCACUCUCCAAAGUUGCUACCCUCACAACCCUCUUUAUUUCAGUGAUUGCCUGUAAUUCUCCCUCCCCGCACAUCUCUCUUCAUGCCAAUGCCUUUGUGUGCCCUCUUUUCCAUCAUACCAAAUCCUUUUCCCCCACCCCGACAUCAAGGUAUGACAGGGGGCCUGUGUUCACUCCCUUCCCUUAUUCAUUGUUGAGCUGUUCAACUCAAAUGGACAGAAAAGAGAUGAGCAUUUCUAUGUUAGGUGUUAAUGCCUUCUUUCAUCAAUCUUUCUUUUUUGUUUUUGCUCAAAAGGCAAUCACACAACUGACUAAAGCAGUCUCUGAUGGCAAGUGCUCUAUCUGCUCCAUAUUUCCCUCCAAUUCCCCGCUCCCCCCAUUAAGGUUCUGUUCAUUAACCCCUUCAACAGUCCCUGAAAGUACAGAACCACGCACCAUGUUUAAGAAUUACUACACUGUAUUUCAACAAAUACCAUCAAAUUGUCUGAGCUAGAAGGCCCUGCACACAAGGCAGCACUCCCAGGUUCUUGUAAAUCAGCCCCAAGAGUUGAAGAUAUCUGCCCCUCCAAGCAGGCAGUCAUGCAUGUUGUUCUAGGAAAUAACUUCUCCUGAACUUAAAAAAAAAAAACAUGGCUGAAGAUUGCAAAAAGCGCACAAUAUUGGAAUUUGUGGGAUUCCAUAGGAUUUUUAAAUGCUUUGGAAAUUCAGGUGCUGAGCCGUUUGCUUGGGGCAUGAGUUCUGACUUAUGUAUGCACCAUGGUGGGGAAUACGAAGAUCACAAUCAAGCGACACAAGAGUGAUUUAUGUUCUGGAAUCCCUGUGGACAUUGGUUAAAAAUAAAGUGAAAACCCAAACACUUCAGUUCCAGCUCUGGUCUGUCAAUGACUUGUCUAUAGUAAGACAUUAGCUCACGUUUGAGUUACCUUACUUGAGAGCAGUCACAAUUUGGUAUAGUUGGAUUGACAAAUCAUAAACUGUGCCAACUCAAGCAGUAAUGUGUAGUCCCUUUCCCACCUCAUUACUAGUUUGAGCUUCUGCCAUGUCCUCUGAUG